CUGAGGCAAGCAGAGUGCCACAGCGACCUCAGGCAGAGGAUCUGUGAGGCUGUCUGGUGGUUUGAACUGUUCCAGUUUCCUCCAAACUUCAAUUCCCACUUUCCACUGGGAUGAUGGAUGACACUGAGAAUGAUUUCCAGCGGGUCAUCCGCCGCCACUAUCGCGAAAGAAGAGAGCUGCAAGGUCACAUCCAGGCCUUGAAAAGUUCUGUCCCAAAGAGUGACAAGAACAGAAGAAGGCGGUUGCUUGCCGACGUUGCUCGCCUCGAGGCCGAGAUGGAGCAGAGGCACCAGCAAGAGCUGGAGAAAUUUGAAGAUCUUGACCCCAGCUUGGAAUCGGUUACAGCCGACCUCACCAAGAUGAAUCUUGAGAAUCUGCCUCCACGCCCCUCGAAGGCCCAGAAAAGGCGCGAGCGAAGAGCUCACAUGGAGAGACAACACCAGGAGAGGAUGCCUGCGGCCCGGGCCCAACAGCUGGCCACCUUCCGCCGUGAGGAGGAAGAGAAGGUCACUGCCAUUCUGGGGGCCAAAAACCUGGAGAUGAAGACCAUCCCUGCCGAUGGCCAUUGUAUGUACCGUGCCAUCCAGGACCAGCUGGUGUACUCGGUGACGGUCGAGAGCCUUCGCUAUCGCACGGCCUACUACAUGAGGAAACACGUUGAUGACUUCUUACCUUUCUUCACUGAGCCCGAGGCUGGCAACUUCUACACCCGUGAAGACUUCCUGAGGUACUGCGAUGACAUCGUGCACAGGGCAUCGUGGGGCGGCCAACUGGAACUGAGAGCCAUGUCGCACAUCCUGCAGACCCCCAUCGAGGUGGUACAGGCCAACUCACCCAUCAUUGUUAUUGGGGAGGAGUACACCCGGAAGCCCCUCACACUGGUCUAUCUGCACUAUGCCUGCGAGUUCGGAGAGCACUACAAUUCAGUGAAGCCCAUCGAGACCCCUGGCACCACUGGAGGUAUGGCACCACGCCUGUUCUAGAAGUUUCCAGCAGUCACCAGCCACAGACCUCUGCCCUAGACGCCAUGUUUCUUCCGCGCUUGACACCACAGAUGCUGGGAGAACUGAAACAGCUAUGGCGUUUCUCCGUUUCUCGGUAGGAGCGGUUGCUUUUUCCUUGGCUGGUUUAUUUUUUUCAAGAUUGACUUAACUCUUGAAGUCUACCCUUUCCAAGUCCUGCCCUAUUUUGUUUGUUGUUUUGUUUUACUACUCAGUUAUUUGUGUCUUUUUGGGGGUGGGGGUCGGGGCUUAAGCACAGAAGAAAAAUACCUCCUUGGGACACCCAAGAGGCUUACGUUUCAUCAGGUCUACCUUGGACCUUAGGUACCUUUGCCCUGUUUGCGUUUCAGUUACCAUUAGGCUGAAAAUGGAAGUUUUGGACUUUGCCAUUGUUUACCUGGAUUUAAAUAAAUGUAGUAGAAAGGUUCGGUUUCUGGGAUUUUCCCUGUAUAUCUAUCAACCCACUUGAUAAAAGUGGAGUUUGUGAGACUGAAGUGAUUUAUGAGUGUUUUUCAUUGUGUUUUCCAUGGGGGGGGGACGCCACAGCUGGCAGUUUGGUUUGCUUUUAACCAAUGUUAGAAUGCCUGGGUUAUAAACAAGUCUUCAGUAGUAAUUUGAUUGUUUUGUUUUUCAUUCAAACUUGUGAAACUGCAAAUGGAUUUUAGUUGCAAAUGGAUUUUAGUUGCUCAAUGUUUUCUAAGCUUUAAAAAUGAGUUUUCAAAUUUAAAAGCUAAAUGUAACUGUUAGAUACAGAAAAUCAGUUUAAAUGAGCCAGUAGGCCAAGUGAGGGUUACCUCAAAGAUGUGGAAGACAUGAACUUAGUGACUUUACUUAAUUUUUAGAGAGAAAAAAAUAUUUUAAAAGCAAUUUGGGGAAGUUAUAAAGUAGUUGAUGCAGUUUUGUGUAAAAGAAAACAGUGAAUAAUAUAGCUGUUUCUGUUAAAGAUUUCUUGAUGUCCUGAAUGUGCCAAAAGAAGAGCAAGAAUGGAAUGAUUUGCAGUAAUUUUUAAGGUUAAUCAUCAAGUCCUGUAUUUCGGUGAAGUUACUUAAAUUCAUUUUGAAAAACCUUUGUCCCUUCCAAAUGUUCUCAAAUAAUAUAUGUAAGUUCAAAAAUGUU